AGGAACUUGAAGGGGCAUUAAGGCCGCUGAUUUACCCAAAAUGACUGACUGGCGGAACAGGAAGCCGGGAAGAAUACUUUAUACAUUUGCUUCAACUUAACAGGGGACUUUUCCCUCCUGAUUGCCGGCACAGACUCUGCUGACCAUGGCUGAGAAAGCAAACAACUUUCCUCCACUUCCUCGUUUUAUACCACUCAAGCCAUGUUUCCACCAAGAUUUUGAGAAUGACAUCCCAGACCUACAUCGGACAACUUGCAAGCGUCUCUACUCCCUAUGGAUGUUGAAUAGCAUCACUCUGGGCGUGAAUCUUAUUGGCUGCUUGGCGUGGAUGAUUGGAGGAGGCGGCGCCAUUAACUUUGGCCUUGCAAUUCUGUGGGUCAUCCUCUUUACACCCUGCUCCUAUGUCUGCUGGUUCAGACCAGCUUACAAAGCUUUCAAGACAGACAGCUCAUUUAAUUUCAUGGCUUUCUUCUUCACAUUUUCUGCUCAGCUGGUGAUCAGUAUAAUCCAAGCUGUUGGCAUUCCAGGCUGGGGUGUCUGUGGCUGGAUUGCUACAGUCGGCUUCUUUGGCACAAGUGUUGGUGCUGCAGUGGUAAUGCUGUUCCCAACCAUCUUGUUUACUGCUGUGGCUGUCCUCUCUUUUGUGGCACUAACUAAGGUUCAUAGGUUUUACCGAGGUGCAGGAGGUAGCCUUAGCAAGGCACAAGAAGAAUGGACGACGGGAGCCUGGAAGAAUCCUCAUGUACAGCAGGCAGCUCAGAAUGCUGCACAAGGUGCCAUGUCGCAUAACGACCCUCAGUAUUCAGCAACACCAAAUUAUGGCUACUCUAACUAAAUGUGAGGCUGUUUAAGGACCAGCAAACAAAUAUUCCUUGGGAAGAAGGUCCUGCCCUAGUAGUUAACUUGUUUUUUUUGUUUGUUUUUUAGUCCUCCUGUUCACCUUAUAUCAUGGUGUAUAAUUGGGUGUGGCUUGUAUAUAUGUUUCCCAGAGAGAAUCAGUCUCAGGGUACUGCAGAAUUUGCCUAAGGGAAAAGUUAUGUUUACAUGCAGAUAUAAAGUAUAUAGCUGUUUUAAGCACGGUGUAGGUAAGAACUCCCACACAACUAAAUGGCAAUGACAGUUAAUUGGGCACUGAACUAAAAUAGAUUAAUAUUCCCUUGACAUUUAAACUUUAGACAUCACUGGUGCUUAUCAUAAACUAACAGCAGAACAAUAAUAAUACAGUGCUUUUUCCAUAUACACUGUGGUUAAGCUCAGCCCACUGAGAAGCCCUUUGUAUAAAUGUACUGCUGAUUUGUUUGAUUAUGCUCAUACAAACCUGAGGUAGAUUUUCCCCAAUAGGCAAAAUAUAUGUUCAGCACAAGCCCUAUUUAUUGAACUGAUGCUAAAAAAAAAAGUUGUAUACAAUGGAGAUUAUGUUACCUGUAAUCUUUGGGGGCCACUGCUUUACUCCAGUAACCAUACUGGAUUUAGUAACAGAGAAUUUUUUACACUCCGGCAUGAAGGAUCCAUAGAAAUAGUUGGUAUUUAACCUAGUUGUUCUUUCUCUCUUUCUAAUAUCAGUAGCAAAUGCUAAAGUUUAUAAUUCUUGUUAUAGCAAUACCUACAUGUCUACAAACGGGUACAGGAAUACCCGAUGCCUAAAAACUGACAUUUACUGCCUUAUAAAAUCUUGCUUCUUUCUGUGUGUGUGUAUAUAUAAAUAAUUUACUUAUAUAUGGUUUUAUGUUGAUGCCCUCUGCCGUUUCUAUAAUGUUUGUAUGACCAACUUCACAGGACCAAUUCAGUAGUGACAGUCUGUUUAUAUCAUUAAAAAUGUGAAUUAUGUUAACUGUUUUAACUUGAAUAUAAAUUUAAAAAAACUAACAAGCUAGGAAAUAAAAGAAAGCAGUGUAAAAUAUAAGAUUAUUAUGGAUCUGAUGUUACGUUAUUGCCUGUAAUCUUCAAAAUAUGAAUUUUUGGAUGCAAAACUAGUGGUAUGUGUAUUCAUAACUGAUUAUAAACCUACAUUAGGAAAUAUCUAAAGGUUAUCAAAAAUAUUUGUAAUGAUUGCUUUUUAUAAUUGAGAACUCUUAACAAUGUAGAUAGAUUAUUAGGUUAAUAAAUAAGGCUACUCAUUUUUCAGUAUUUUAAUUAUGGUAACAAAUGAAAAUUUCUUGGUAAUUACAAAAACCUCAAAUUAAAUCCAAGAAGACUGCAGUCAUGCAGACUGGACUAUAAAUGUACAAAUGAUUCUCAUUUUCCUGAGCCAUAUUCAAAGCUCCCAAUGGAAGGGAUGUCAGGUUACCAGCUUAGAUUUUUAGCUUUGUUUAAAGGGUAAUAUAAUAUCCUAGUAUUUAGGAAAUGUGUAAAUUGAACUUUGGUAAGUCACAAAUGUGACAUAAGAUGUGAUUAAAAACUGAAAUAAAAAAAUAUUUUGAAACUG